AUGCCUCUCUGGCUGUUCUUCCACCCGCCUGGGGCCUUCACAGAUGACGAGUCCAAGCGCGCCCUUUCCGAAGACGUUACCAAGAUCUACACCUCCAUCGGCCUGCCCGCUUUCUACGUCGUCGUCCAAUUCAUCGAGCUGCCCCGCAACAAAGUUUGGGUUGGUGGCAAGCUGCCUGAGAAACCCUUCAUUCGCGUUGUGAUUGAGCACAUCGCCGUACGCCUUCCCGACGAAGACGACGCCUACAAGAGGACGACUGCCAAGGUCGACGCUACGCUCAAACCACACAUUGCAGACAAGGGCUACGACUGGGAGUACCACAUUGAUGAGACGGAUCGGAGGCUGUGGAAGAUCAACGGCUUGGCUCCUCCAGCAUGGAAGAGCGAGGCGGAACAGUUUUGGUUUCAGGAAAACAAGCCGCUCUCGUGGGAGGGAAAGUACGAAGGUUAG